UGUGAUUCAAAAAGGUACGAUUCGAACGAUACUGCAGAAGAGGUUGAAGAGAACGCUGAUGAAAUUGCAUAAGCACCAUGAACAUAAACGCACGUGCAAAAAUUGCCGAUGUCAACUUGAAUAUUUCAGCAGAUUUUGUCUUAGGUCCUAAGCCCUGCAGCUUGCAACAUGAAGCUCCCCUCGACAACAAAUUGCAUAAACUAAUGGCUGUCAUUGAUCAAUUUGAUAACGAUGAUCACUUGCUGUUGCUGGUAUCCACCACACUGAAGUGCGCUCGUCACUCCAAGUCGUCUAAUGCUGCUUUGGACUUGGCUAUCUCCUUGUACAAAGCCACAUUUGAAAAUGCAAUUUGCACAAAACAGGAGCAGCGUGUGGUCGAUUGUGAUUAAUCAAUUCAAUUUACGCCUUUCAAAUCGCCAAAUUGUCGAUAUGCAUGAGGCAAUAUCCCAAGCUGAUUUUGCCAAUGCUAAUAUAAAGAAUAUAUUGAACACAUUUCU